AAACCGCCAAAGAGCAGAAGAAGUAAAAGGAAAAAGAGGACUGUGACCAUGUUAUUUUGUUCAAAGUAAAUUUCUACAACGAAGAGUUUGUCGUCCUGUCUUACUCUCCUUCACGGUUCGUUGCCAAAUAACCGUGAAGGUUUUUUUUUUGUUUUUUUUACAAGGUUGUGUUUCUCGUCCGAUCCAGACGAGAAACACAACCAAUUUAAACACAAUUUAAGACAGGUCGAGAACGAAGGUCUUAAUUUUUUUUUUUUACAGAAUAUAUAUGUUCUGAUUAUACUAAUGCAAGGAAGAUAGAGCAGCUGUUAACAGAUUUUAGAGAUCAUGAAGCUGCGGGUCCAGUUGCAGUGUAAGAAUCUCCAUGAAUACUUAAGAGAACUGAAUCCUGAGAUACUGGACAGACUGUAUAACCACCCAGCAACAUGUCUGGCUGUCUACAGGGAGCUUCCCUCACUAGCUAAGAACUAUGUGAUGCGGAUGCUGUUCCUGGAUCAGCCUCUCCCCCAGGCAGCUGUGGCACUUUGGGUACAAAAAAAUAGUCAGAGGGAUCAUGAUGACUGUGUCUCAGUGCUGACCGGUCUUCGCCUUUGGCACAGUCAGCACCUUCAAGGUGGGCUUCAAGGAUACAUUUUAAAUCCAGUGUUCAAAGACAACCUGGGAACAGCAUUGCUUGGAGGAGGUGCACAGUGGGCGGACGAGGGGAGCAGCCUGGGGCCUGACCGCCAUGCACGCGACAUUGAGAGCUUGGACCGCUAUGCUAUGGAACGCUGGGAAGUGAUCCUGCAGUUCAUGGUGGGUUCACCUAGUGCUGUUAGUCAAGACCUGGCUCAGCUCUUGAUUCAAGCCGGCCUCAUGAGAAGUGAGGCAGGGGAAGCACCGUACAUCACUUCCGCUGGUUUUCAGUUCCUCCUUCUGGACACAGCCUCUCAGCUUUGGUACUUCACUUUGCAGUACCUCAAAACUGCUCAGUCUAGAGGGAUGGACCUUGUGGAGAUCUUAUCCUUCUUGUUCCAGCUCAGUUUUUCUACUUUGGGGAGAGAUUACUCAGUGGAGGGGAUGAGUGAGUCAUUGCUAACUUUCCUGCAGCACCUUCGGGAGUUUGGACUGGUGUUUCAGAGGAAGAGGAAGUCCCGGCGGUACUAUCCCACCAGACUGGCAAUUACUUUGGCUGCUGGAGUAACUAGCAGCUCCGCCUCUACCUCCUCCACCAACAUUGCUUCCAUUCCUGGAACUAAAGAUGGUGGCUUCAUUGUUGUGGAAACCAAUUAUCGUCUCUACGCCUACACAGAUUCAGAACUUCAAAUUGCUCUGGUGGCUCUUUUCAGUGAAAUGUUGUAUCGCUUUCCCAACGUGGUGGUCGCUCAGCUUACAAGAGAAUCUGUUCAGCAGGCCAUCGCUAAUGGAAUUACCGCUCAGCAGAUCAUCCACUUUCUAAGGACCAGAGCUCACCCUGUCCUGCUCACACAGACCCCAGUGCUGCCUCCAACUAUAACAGACCAGAUCAGACUGUGGGAGCUCGAGAGAGAUCGGCUGCAAUUCACAGAGGGAGUGCUCUACAAUCAGUUCCUGUCCCAAGCAGACUUUGAGGUGCUGCGAGACAGAGCUCAGGGUUUGGGCUGUCUGGUGUGGCAGGAUGUGGCUCACAGGGUGAUGGUGGUGACAUCCCAAGGACACAGCGAGGUCAAGAGGUUCUGGAAACGACAGAGGUCUCACAUAUAGCCAGAGGAAGCUGCUCAUGGAGCAGUGACCCCGCAUAUGUUUACUACUGUCAGUUUGGAAUCUUGUACAUUCUCUCACGUUUUUUUUUAUUAAAUAAAUUAAUCAUAUUUGUUGAUUUA